UUAGGGUUUUUUGGCUCCGAGUAGAAACAACAAAAUCAUCUCCGCAACCGAGAGAAAAAUUCCUGUGAGAUCGGAAUCAAUGGAGUCGACAAUCUCGUUGAGGCCCAAAGGAAAAGGCAAACCAUCAAAGGGAGCUUCCUCUUCCGAUGGCAAAUCCAAGUUUGAAUUCGUUAAGGAAUGGAGCAAUUGGUCAUUGAAGAAGGCCAAAGUCGCGACUCACUAUGGCUUCAUCCCUCUGAUCAUCAUCAUCGGCAUGAACUCCGAUCCCAAACCUCAUCUCUACCAGCUCCUUAGCCCUGUUUGAUUCAUCAUCAACGAAGCUUUGAUCAGUCGAAUCGAAUCGAAUCCAUCUUCUUCUGGUUGGUUUGCGUGUUCUUGGAUUCGCCGAAUCUACUUUUAUGCUUUUUCUUAAGUAGCUAGUUUUGAAUACUUUCUCUAUGGUUAUGUAUUGACUCUUAUGAUAUGAUGUGAAAUCGAAUUUUACGUUUUUGAAAUCUGGGAAUAAGUUUGGUUC